AGUCAGCUUGCAGUUACUUUGUGGCUCUCGAACACAGCUAUCUGGGCUGCUCCCCCUGAGUGCUAGUGCGCAUGUGAUGUUGGUCUGUAUAAACCGGAUGCAAACGGACAACCCGGAUAUGGACCGUCCAUGAGUCGGCGUAUGCGAACGUGGGUAGAUUACCUAAAACAGCGGUCGGCCAUCUUGCACUCAGUCUCCAUUUAAUAUCAUACCUCAGUGGUCCACAGUGGAAAAAGAAACCAUGAUGUCACGGACAUAGGCCGCCAAUUCUGAUUAAUCCUGUACAUUACAUUGGAAAUAAUAAUCGAACGUGUGGGGUGAAGCUGGUUGCCGCCAACAUGUCGAAAGAGUGUUUUCAAACCCAGUUCGCCUUUGUUAUGGAGAGUGUAUUGAAUACUGCAGUCACCGAGACAACGAAACUUUUUGAAAAAACUAUUGAGGAACUGCGAGCCGAAAUAUCUAGAAUAAAAGAAGAGAACGAGGACCUCAAAACGAGGCUUCGAUCCCCGAAAAUGUGAAGAAAUCGACGGGUGAAAGUGAAAGACAAACCGCAGAGCCUGGACCGAGUCAAAGAACAUCACGUAUCGGCAAACGUGACAUUGGUGUCCAAUGUGUCCUGACAGCGCAUGCUUUGCCUCGGGCUGGGGAGCAGCACCGGCGGGAGGAGAACCAGAGGACGGAGCUGCACCGGGGGGCCUACGACGAGGAGGGCAACCCACAGACUGCCUUAGUGCUGAUCAAACAGGAGGUGGACUGGGAGGCAGACUAUUCUGAUGACUACUCCCCCGGGUACAUACUGCUGAAGAAGGAGGGGGGAGAUCUCCCGACUCUGGUCCGCAGACAACCUCUCAGAGAGUUACCAGGCAGAGCCCUGGUCCCACCUGGAGCCGUCAGAGCCCUGGUCAACCGUUACACCCAGGAAAGGCCUCCCACCACCCAGCCUACCUCAGCAGAGGCCCCCCUCCAGGGAGAUCCAGACACCCAGGAGACCCCCCAGGCUCUCAGCCCAUCCCAGCCCAGGACCAGAGAAGUUACCAAUGCCAGUGCAGGCCAGGCCCCUGGAGCAGAACAGCAGUCACUUGUAAUACCAGCAGCAGAGUCUCCAACAUUACACCUGACAGCAUCUCCUCAAUCAGCAGCCACUAUCCAAUCUACAUCAACUGUCCUGUCUACUGUAAUGGCCCAGUCCACGGUAACUACUCUGUCAAAAGAAACUGUCCAAACGACCACGGCGGUCCAGUCGACUGUAGCGGUGAAGUCGACAGCAGCAACGUCAGAGCGCCCGCCACCUGUCAUCUCCGGGUUACCCAGAACCCCUCUUCAGAAUACACAGCCCAGCCCCGUACCCCCUCGUCCAUCCCCAUCUCCUCGACCAGCACAGUCCCACACAGACGUUCUACCUGUAGCUCGUCCAAUAGCAGUGCCCUCAACACAACCAGCUAGGCCUACAGCUGUACCUGAUGGACCAACGGCCACACCUCCAACACAGCCACAACCGCCUACAGUUUUGGAGAAAUCGGGUGUUGCCACGGCAACUCCGCCAACGCCUGUCCAGUCCGCUCCAUCUCCUACUGUGUUGACAGAACCUGCCGUCCCUCCUGAGAAGCAGGUGUUGUUGGUCACUGAGCAUGUGCAACGCUCCUCCACCGUGCCCAGACCAAAGUCACCUUCUGUCCCAGAGACAUCUUAUGAAACCCCUCUACAGCUGUCAGCCCCUGCUGGAACCACACCCUCUGGCUGCUGUCAGAUGUCUAAGACACAGUUUUUAGCUCAGUUGUCAGUAGUACCCCGAGUAUGUGCUCCACCGAGGCUGGAGAAAGACAAGGAGGAGGAAGAAGAGGGGCAGGAAGAUGAGGGGGAGAGGCUUUCCCCCCUCCCUGCCACAUCUACGGAAGCUGUGAUGACAAGGUCUGUCGCUACGGAGACGACCCCCGCCAGCGAGAAUAAGGAGGAGAUUGUUGUCCAGGUAGGCGGCAAGCGAAAGUCAGGUCAACGUGAAGCGCUCCUCUCCGGUCUCCGCCUCCGCUUAAGGCCCCGCUCCCAGGACAGCAUGCCUUCUCCAGUGGUUGCUAAGAAACCCAGAGGAGAGAGAACUGCCCCUCUAGACCAUGACUACUCAAAGGUGAUGGACAACGAAGAAGAAAAGUCCAGGGAAUCACACGUUGACCAGGAUGUAGUAGAGGACACAGCUAACGGUGAGAAGGCUGACGACAAGUCUAGUGGACAAGGAAGUAGUAACCACAUCAUCAGUGAGGAAGAGGGAGGAGCUAACACUGAUGUGACCUCUCCGACCAGACAGUCACCUAUUGUUGGAGGUGUGUCCAAAUCCAAGAAGAGAAGCAUGACCUGGGUGCAGGCUCAGAGACUAUUGGCGCUAGCCCAGGCUAAGAGGAGUAGGUCAAAGGUCACCAAGGCCUCACAGAGAGGUCUGAGGUCAGAGCUAAGAGGCUUGGUCACACAGACACAGUUUCUGCCUUCCAACCCACAGCGCCGCCGGUCAUACAGACCCAGCCCACAAGCUGCCUCCAGCCCACGCCGCACCAGCCCUCGCCAGGUUACAGGGGACAACACAAACCCUCCUCCUGCCACCCCUCCUAACCCACAGCCUCACUCCUUCAAGGUCACUUCCACCACCCCUCGUCGCGGAAGACCUCGUUCUGCGGCUGUGGCGACUUUAAAUUUGAAACGGUCUCCCUCCACCCCUCAACCUAUCCCCUUCAUUGUCACCGUCAGCCCUCGCUCUAACUUCAAAAAGUCCCCCCAGUGCCCACGGACUUUCCAGCAGGCGCGCCGAUGCCGCCAAUCACAACCGAUGUGGUCACCACCGGGACCGUUACAGCUCCAACAGUCUCCCCAGGCUCCACGGAAACGUCUCGCCAAGAACCAGUGUGCAGACUGCGGUCGUGUCCUGAGCAGCGCCGCUGCUUUAGAGAGUCACGCCUCCCUCCACUCAGGGAAGCGCCCGUUCGCCUGCUCUGCCUGCGGCAAGGACUUCCCCGACCUCAAGGGCCUCAACCGCCACGCCCGCGUCCAUGGUGAUCAGCGUGGCCACCAGUGUCCGAAGUGCGACAAGACCUUUGUCUACCGCUUCGGCCUGACUAAGCAUGAGCAGGUGGUCCACAGUGGCGUGCGUCCGUUCAUCUGCCCAAUCUGUGACAAACGCUUAAUUACACAGCGUGACCUGGAGGCUCAUAUCCGCGUUCACACUGGAGAGAAACCAUUUGCCUGCUCCCUCUGUGUGAAGCGGUUCAAGAGGCGUGUGGAGCUGAAUGUUCACCUGAUGUGGCAUAACGGGGAGAAGAGACACUGGUGCUCAUACUGUGGGAAGGGAUUUCUGGAUUACAAUAAUCUGAAGAACCACAAACUGGUCCACACCGGAGAGAAACCCUAUACCUGCUCCGAGUGUGGCAAGCGCUUCAAACAGACUGGCCAUCUGAAGAAACACCUGAAGACUGUACACAAAGACCGAUAGACGGCGGGGGAAAAAUAUUCAAUGACACCCUAUUCCCUAUAUAGUGCACCUCUUUGGACCAGAAACAGUGUCAGGCCCUUGUAAAGUAGUGCACUAGAUAGGAUGUCAUAGGAGCUAUUGAGGGGGAAUAGUUAUCUCCAUUUGCUGUGAAUUCAAAACCCAGCCAUGUUAGUGUUAAUGAGGCAGGGAUUCCAAUCUAUUCUGACAGUGAUUGGGAAGGACUUGUUAUUUUAUGUAUUGAUUAAUUAAAAGUAUCAAAGCUUUUGUUUUAUAAACAUUUGGUGCCGCUUUUGUUGUUUAGAAUAAUCAUGCUACGAGAGAAUGACGUAGGUAAGUGUAAAAAAUGUUUUUACAAAUUGUUUUAUUUUAGUUGAGACUGAGUUGGUUAUUUGUAUUUAAAACAUGAAUUCUGGUUAUUUGCUAUAAUUCGUUAUUCAUAAGAAAAGUUUGAAGCCUUAACAAGUUUAAAUGUAGGUGUACUGUGUUCACAUCAUGGUGUUUAUGUUCUGCGGUUUUGAACUACAAUGAACAAAAAUAAACGCAACAUGUAAAAUGUUGGUCCCAUGUUUCAUGAGCUGAAAUAAAAGAACCCACAAAAAGCGUAUUUCUCUCAAAUUAAACACAUUUGUUUCCAUC